AUGCUGAGGUUCACCAGCUGCCUUCUGCUGCCCGCGCUAGCGGCGAGCCACCUGCUGCUCGCCGCCGCCGGCGCUGGCUGCGGGCCGAGCGGCACGCUCCGGCCGACCCAGAGCCACCCGUGCCAGGACUGCUGCAAGCCCAGGCAGGCGUACCCGACGUACAGCUGCUCGCCGCCAGUCUCCUCGUCCACCCGGGCGGUCAUGACGCUGAACGACUUCGGCGAGGGCGGCGACGGCGGGGACCCGUCCGAGUGCGACGGCGCGUUCCACCGCAGCUUGGAGCGCGUGGUGGCGCUGUCCACGGGGUGGUACAGCGGGGGCUCCCGCUGCGGCAAGAGCAUACGGGUCCGAGCCAACGGCAGGUCCGUGCUUGCCAAGGUCGUCGACGAGUGCGACACCGUGAACGGGUGCGACCGCGAGCACGCCUUCCAGCCGCCGUGCCGUAACAACGUCGUCGAUGCCUCCCGGGCGGUCUGGGAUGCGCUGAGCAUCACCGGGGAGGAGGUCGGCGAGUGCAACAUCACUUGGUCCGCUGCAUGA